AUGCCUAGCCCAUCGGUAGAUGAUUGGUGCAUAAUGACAAGGACGAAGAAAUUGUCGUUCGUCACCGAUCGCAGGAGGUUUUUUGGGUGCCCUACUUCACGAUCUGUCAUUGUCUUCCCGAUCGGUAUACUUGGUACAAAGCAACGAGGGUGCUGUGUUGCUGAGGGAGAUAGCCGUUGUGUUAGUGAUGUGGGACUUCAUAUUGUUUCAGCAAUGAAGAUGCCGAUUGGUAAGGUGGAUUGCUGA